CUAUAAAGAGGAAGGGGGCUGAGAGUGGUAUGUACCCCUAGCAGCUGAUAUCAGCCAUCCUAAAAAUAGAGCAAGGCCUUGUAGAUCAGUCUGUAGUUCUCUUGCGUCCUCACAGUUUGACACAAAAGGAUUAUUAAGACGAUUUCAACAUGUCAAAGAUUGUCAGACCUGACGAUUGUCAGCCAGCAAAUGCACUAUGGUACGACAGGAAGAAAUACGUCACUAUCAACUUCAUGGUGCAGAAACCAAGGGAUGUUCAGGUUGAAUUUCUGAAUAACAAAAUGGUUUUAUGUUGUAAAUCAGAGGAUGAAACCAUCUACAAUGAGAUUUACUUCUAUGAUGAGGUGCUAAGAUUUGACUCUAGAGAGAAAGUCUACGAUCGCAGCAUAAACGUACUUCUGAGGAAGAUUACACCAGAUGUUGCCUGGCCUCGACUUCAGAAAGAUACUGCCAAGCCAAGUUGGAUAAAUGUGGACUUUGAUAACUGGAGAGACUGGGAACAUGAAGAGGAUGAGGGAAUGGCGGAGUUCGAGCAAUAUGCUGAUAUGAUGCAGGAGAUGACCAGCAAUAACAAAAGUGGACCGCCAGCCAUGGAUGAUCUUUUCGAUCUGGAUGAUGACUGAUCAUCUGAGGCGUUUUUCCCUUUUUUGCUUUUUCCGUUUGGCAAAACUAAAAGAACGACUAAAAGAAGAUUCCUCAGGGUUCCAAAUGUUUAUUAGUUUUGUAUUAUUUCAAACAAUAAUUGCUGAAAAGUGAUGCCCUGCUUGACACUGCCUAUCUGUAGAUGUAUUGUUUAAUGUGUGUGUUUCAUUUUCUAUGAUAUGAUAUGUUAUUUAUUAAAUAAAUAAAAUCA